GGUUCGGGUUUGAACCUUCAUUCGUGGAUACAGCGGUCGGAUCAGGCUUCACUGCUCCUGUCACCCAGUUUCAUCUGCUUACAGGAGACAAGGCAACAACACGCACUGGGAGACCAAGCUUCGGAUAACUGGAUGCACGCCAUCACCUGGCUUGGUUUCUCUCCCAAAUAGAUGGCGGAUUUCGCUACUGUAUGACGGCGGUUGCUGCCUCGUUCUAUCCAGUCCCCACGGCCAGCCACACCACACACUCACCCGUCACUCAUUAUCGCCAUAGAAAAGCCAUGAUCAUCAGACGAACACUGUCGUCCCUCUGGCUUUUCGCCCUCUUAGUAUUCACAACAACAAUAACAGCAACACGAUUAGCAAGGGCUAGUAGUGACUCAGAUGUCGUUACAUGGUCCGACGCCGACUUGCGCUGCUUGAACGAAAUGGAGUUUGCCGACAACACUUCCUACGACCAUAUCCUCGCUCAUCAAGAGUUCUUUGCGUUUGUCACUUCCAUGGCCAACCAACUGGUGGACUUGGGGCGGGAGCAAAAUGCAUUGGACGUUCAAGAAGUAAGAUUCGAGUUGGAUGAUGUCUUUAAUAGCUUGGUAGACUUGAAUCCCUCCGGGGAACCGGCGGGGGUGGAUAUUCUCGGCGCCGCAUACGGUCAACUCGAGAAGGCGGAUGUCGAACAGCAAGUAUUCUUGAAACUGGUUUGCAACGAAACAAUAGCCACCAUUUACUCACUCCUUCCGGGAGAUGCUUACUAGGAUGUUCGAGCCGUUCUUGCGAACGAAACAAACAACAUGCACUCUUCCAAGCCAAUUUUUAAAAAUGCAAUCCAUUUUACUAGUAACUCUUAAAACCUUGUUUAUG